UCAUCGUGGCACGCCACAGCAUCACCAAACCUCUCAAGGGGUACAAGAGUUGCAGAUGGACCCUUAACAUCCCAUGCAGCAAGCCUUGUUAGUGUAAAGGAAUCGUUAUGCCAGAGCAUCAAGACCUCAUUGAUCAGCAGUGCAGAAUAAUGAAGAAAAUGGAAAGAAGGAAAUGAUUUUGUCAUAUGUCAAUAAUGUAUACUUGUUAAUAAUGUAACUUCUUGGAGUAUUACUAUUUGUUUGUAUCAUUAGUAUUUAUGUACAAAGCUAUCAGGUGAAAGUCAUUAACAACUAUGUAUAUAUUCCAUGAAAUAUAAUGUUUUGUUAUGGCUGACAACUAUCUGAAAUGUUAUAAAUACUCUCUUUGUCUUGUUAUUGACAAUCAGGAUUACGAACAAUUUAUCUUGGAGUUGAUGGAUUAAUUGUGAGU